CGGCAACCAUACCCUCAAAACAACGCUUUCUAUUAAUUGGGAUAAAGAAGAGGAAUUGACCAGCGGGCAGAGAGGGAGGGGGGAAACCAAGGCAAGGUCGAAACGAAGGGAAGCUGGGGGCAGAUCAGAUCAAAGCAUCAUGGCGCUAUCGUCGUCCCCGCUUCGACCGAUCUCUCUGUGCGCGAGUCCCUUUCGCGGCCGCCAGACCAAACCCCCAUCUGUGAUUCCAUCCAUCAGAGCUUCGUCUUCCUCGGACGUCCCCGUUCCCGACUUCCUCUCCUCCGAUUGGCUUGAAUCCCGCAGGAAAAGACCUUUUGGCCCUAGGCUGGAAUUUAGUGCAGAAGAAGCGGUAAAAUGGCAGCUUGAUGCAUUAAAAUACAAUGAUCAACCUCGUCAAGACUAUGGGAUAGAGGUCAUGUACAGGUUUGCUGGAUUUGAUCCUUUUGAAAGGUCAACCUAUUUUGGACCAUUCUUUGACCUAGGACAGUUUGAACGCUUUCGACGAAUAUUUCACCAUUCGACUUACCGGGUCUUGCUUGGUCACAAGGAAAGGAGAAUCUUGAGCAGUUUGUGGGUUGAAGAGCAUGCCAAAACAAUUUACUCUGCCUUGUUAUUUCAUGGCACACAUGCACCCCAAAAGAACCGAUUUAAGCAAAGAGUAUGGAUACAAGGCUCUCGCCCAGAGGAGGAAGAGAUCUUUCAAUUUACAAUGGUUCAGAGGAUAGGUGGUUCCUGGGAUGGUUACUGGUUAACCGAGAGCUUGCUUCAUGAUGGGGAUGGAUUUUCAGAUUAGCUUGAGUGUUUGAAAGUUGAA